GCGAUGUUUUGCCCCGAGCUAGUGGCCACAGAGCAGGCUCGGAUGAGCCGGUACUUGGGUGUUCUGAGGAGGGAGAUCCGGGAGUUUGUGUCAAACUCCACUUACCAUACUUUUACUGAGCUUCAGGCGAAUGCCAGGAAGCGUGAGAUCGAGUUAGAGACUCAGGCCAGGGAGGAGGCCGAGUCUCAGCAGGCAGACCGGCGACCGGCUCAGUCUCAGCCGGCAGCCAAGCGGAUCAAGUCCGCCGAUUCGAGGACGGGAGGUUCGAAGAACCGCACUUGCGUAAAGUGCGGUAAGGGUCACGAUGGGGCGUGUCGAGCCGGUGCUUGCUACAAGUGUGGCAAGGAGGGACACAUUGCUAGGGAGUGUCCCAAGGGAUUUAUGGUUUGCUUUCAUUGCAACCAGACCGGCCAUCGGAAGGCCGAGUGCCCUCAGCUUCGUCAGGGAUCUGCACCUGUUGCCAGGACUACUGAGACUCGACCGGUGAAGGUCGAGGCCCCGAGGGCUCGUGGGAGAGCCUUUCAGCUGACUGCGGAGGAGGUCCGCGCUGCGCCCGAUGUUGUGGCAGGUACUAGCGAGGACCGUGGGAAGGCGCCGGCAUGAUCGAUACACACUGAA